AUGUCACAGGGCUGUGGAUGGCGCUCGUCUCGAUGGCUGAUUGCGACUUCGAUUACUAUCGCUUUGUUUUCUGAAACCUUUCUUUAUGGCUUUAUCGUGCCUAUAUUGCCAUAUAUGAUUGAGAAACGUCUAUCUCUUGAUCAGUCCCGCACACAACCCUUGUCCGCGGCAUUACUUGCCGUCCAUGGAUUUUUCGCACUCAUCUCCGCUCCGAUUAUUGCCCAUUUUGCUGAUAAGUCGCCUAAUCGCAAAGUCCCACUCCUAAUUGCGCUGGCGGGGUGCUUCACUGGCACUCUCCUGAUUGCAUUGACUCAUUCCUUAUGGGCCCUUUUUCUGGGUCGCAUUCUACAAGGGAUUACAGGAUCAGCUUCAUGGGUUGUCGGCUUCGCGCUUUUGAUGGAAAGUGUCGCCGCGAAAGACCUCGGGGCAACUAUGGGGGUUGCUAUGUCCUUUGUGACCGCAGGUGUCAUCAGCGGUCCUAUGAUUAGCGGUGUGCUACUGCAACUUCUAGGCUAUUGGCUGACAUGGUCUGUCCCUUUAACGGUUCUUAUAAUAGACGUUAUCGCUCGUCUCAUUAUGCUCGAGCCGCGGGAUCUUAAGCCUUCUUCAUCUUCAUCCUCUGCGUCCAGUACGGAAUCCCGGCACUAUAUAGACCCGGAUGAAACUACGAAUCUGUUAUCUAGUGACCAGUUGCCUAGAAAGAACUCUUCCAGUAGGGGAUUCUAUCGCAUUAUGCUUCAAGAGCCACGGGUCAUCCCUGGAUUCGCAAACGCGUUGUGGUAUUCAUUGCUCAUGGCCACAUUUAACAGCAGUCUUCCUGUGCACCUCCGACUGGUGUUUGGUUGGGGAAGUUUACCAACAGGAAUGGUGUUUUUCUGUUUGCAAAUCCCUACCAUACUGCUAGCCGGUGUGUUUGGCUGGCUUCGGGAUCGUUUUGGGCUAAAGGUGCCCACCACAGUCGGUUGGCUUUGCUCUGCACCUUUGCUCUGGUUCUUAGGAAUUCCUGGAAAUAACAGUUUUCCAUGGGCCAGCAGCGACACCAACGGGAAGCCUAUAUUCAUUGGCUGUGUAAUAGCCUUUGGGGUUGUAUCUAUGCUUGUUCAUGGCGCAGGCUUUAUACAAUUAACCUAUGUGGUUAGAGACAAGCAGGCCCAAGAUCCUUAUAUCUUCGGACCACACGGUGGCAGUUCCCGUGUCUUUUCUAUGAUCGAUGUGGCCUGUAGUCUGGGAAUGAUGGUUGGGCCUUUAGUUUCCAGUCUACUCCUUGAGACUGUUGGGUUUUAUUACAUGAACAUCGUUUUUGCUAUGACAUGCCUUGCAAUGGCCGGCAUUUCAUUCAUAUGGUUUGAUGGCAAACCUAUACCUCUGGCCUCGCACCUAUCAUUUGAAAGUGAAAACUGA